AUGGCGCCCUCCGGAGAAGCCUUGGAAAGACACCUUCAAGAGGCUACGCGCCAACUGUACUCUGCCGAUCCCGGCGCCGUGACCGUCAAUUCAGUUCGUCAGCGUGUCGAAGAACAGGACAGUCUGGAGAAGGGCUUCUUUGUGACACCAGAAUGGAAAGCUCGCAGCAAGACGUUGAUCACUGAAUAUGUCCAAAACCUAAUGGCAAACGACUCCCCGUCCUCCAUUCGAGAAACAAAAGCCGAACAAGAUACCAAGCAUGCUGUGAAACGAUCCUCGAGCGACGAGCCAUCUCCAUCCCCUGUCGCGAAGCGUCAAAAGAGAGCUGGGUCUACUGCAACAUCCAGGAACUCUAAGCCAAAGAAAGAGUCUUCCAGUCCAGCGCUCAGCGCUCUAAGCGAUUCGGAUGUGGAGUCUAAGACAACUAAGAAAGAGCCUGCACAGAAGCAGGAGUCAGACUCGGAAUUAAGCGACCUUGACUUAUCAGAACAAGACUUAAAGCAGGACCAGAAAUCGAAAAAGCCAACUGCGACCCGAAAAUCUAAAAAGGAGGAGUCGGAAUCCGAGCUCAGCGACCUCAGCUCAUUCGAAGACAAGCCGAAAGCGACAAAGAAACGUGGGCGUAAAUCAAAGAAGCUGGGAGAAUCAGAGGAUGAUGAGAAAGAUACUAAAACUUCGACAUCGCGAUCGAAGCGCAAAGAGUCUAUCGCUAAGACGAAGCGAACUACGAAACGCACUAAGGUCAAAUCAGAUAAUGAGGACGAGAUGGGCGUGGAGGAUGAUGUUGAAAUGAACAAGAGCAACGAAAAUAAAAGCGCCAAAGACGCAGAUUCGGGGGAUGAGGCCAAGCCAGAGGAGAGUGCAAUUAAGCCAACUGUAGACGACUCGGACUCAUCUUUGUCAUCGGUACUCGACGAACCGCCCCCAAAGAAAAGAAAGGGCAGGGGUGCCGCAAAAGAAGCACCCAAAUCCAAGCAAUCUACGUCCAAAGAAGCGACGGGAGAUGAGAUAGAGAUCAAGAAGCUGCAAGGCCAGCUCGUUAAGUGCGGAGUUCGCAAAAUAUGGGGCAUCGAACUGAAAAAAUACGGCGGUGACGGUAAAGCGAAGAUUAGACAUCUCAGAAACAUGCUUCGUGAUGUGGGAAUGGAUGGCCGUUUCUCGGAGGCGAAAGCAAGAGAGAUCAAGGAGAGGCGAGAACUGAUAGGCGAGUUGGAAGCUGUCAACGAGAUGAACGAGCUUUGGGGACUCGAAGGCCGCGGUGGGCGUGCAUCACGCAGCAAAGCGGUGCGCAAAUCACUAAAAGAGGAAACAGAUGAAGAUGACGAUGAUGAUCAUGAUGGUGAUGAGAAGAAAUCAAAUGAGACGGAUGAGAAGGACAUCGAGGUUAAGGCUGCUUCGCGAAAAUCUAAGAGGAUGGCGGACCUUGCAUUUCUUGGCAGCGACAGUGAGUCGGAAUGA